GGCCUUAGCAUAAGCAAUUGGAGUUUGAACAUGGGUUGGUCUAGAGAGAGGAGAAGCAUGGCGUCUCAAGGCCUCCCACUCAUGUCCCUUUGUGUUGUCCUAUUCGCCCUCAUGCCUUUGGAGAGCAGUGCAAGCUAUAGCUAUUCAUCUCCACCUCCUCCAUACCACUAUACCUCUCCUCCUCCACCAGUGUAUUCACCCCCUCCUCCAUACCACUACAGCUCUCCUCCUCCACCAAAGCAAUCCCCACCUCCUCCUUACCACUACAGCUCACCUCCUCCACCAAAGCACUCUCCACCUCCUCCUUACCACUACAGCUCUCCUCCUCCCCCCAAGCACUCACCCCCUCCUCCAUACCACUAUAGCUCACCUCCACCACCAACACACUCACCACCUCCUCCAUACCACUACAGCUCUCCUCCUCCCCCUAAGCACUCACCCCCUCCUCCUUACCACUACAGCUCACCUCCUCCACCAAAGCACUCUCCACCGCCUCCAUACCACUAUAGCUCUCCUCCACCACCAAAGCACUCUCCUCCUCCUCCUUACCACUAUAGCUCUCCCCCUCCUCCUAAGCAUUCACCACCUCCUCCUUACCACUACAGUUCUCCUCCUCCACCUCCUCCAGUCUACAAGUACAAGUCUCCACCACCACCACCUCCAGUUUACAAAUACAAGUCCCCACCUCCUCCAGUCUACAAGUACAAGUCACCACCUCCACCUCCCCCAGUUUACAAAUACAAGUCUCCCCCACCACCAGUCUACGAGUACAAGUCUCCUCCACCACCUCCUCCAGUUUACAAGUACAAAUCUCCUCCUCCUCCAGUCUACAAGUACAAGUCUCCUCCACCACCUCCUCCAGUCUACAAGUACAAAUCUCCUCCACCUCCUGUCUACAAGUACAAGUCUCCGCCGCCACCUCCUCCAGUCUACAAGUCUCCUCCCCCUCCUGUCUAUUACUAUACCUCCCCUCCACCACCAGCACACUACUAAGUGGCUCACUUGAUUGAGGUAUCUUACUUAUUGUCAUCUAGGGUUUGAUCAGUUAUUUGCUUGGUCCUUUCAAGUUGCAUUUCAGUGGCUGCCAUCCUCCACUUAUGAGCUCAUGAUGAAAGAAGAAUUCCUUUUGUCAUCAAGAAUCAAUAAGGCAUCCACCCAUAAUAAAAUUUGAAUUUGUGAAUUUAGAGAGAAUGAAGCAAUCCUUGUCACUCUCUCCUCUGUUUGCUGUGUAUGGAAUAAGUUUUCAAUAAGAAUAUUUGGCUUUGAAUUUGUUACA